AUGGUAAAUGUCAUAUAGAGUGAAAUAGAAGAAGCAUUUAUGAGGAUCAAAACACAUAAAGGAGUCAAGGGAAUCAUUAUCGCGAACUAUGCAGGAAUUUCUGUGAAAAGCUCGAUGAGUCAAGCUGAUACUCAUAAAUAUGCUAGCUUAAUUUCAAGCCUAACAUUGACUGCAAGAUCAACUGUUAAAGAUCUGGAUUCGCAAAAUGAUUUGGUGUUUCUCAGGAUAAGAAGUAAAAAGCAUGAAAUUAUGGUAGCGCCUGAUCAUGAAUAUAUGCUUAUUGUGAUCCAAAAUCCUGAUGAGGAGUAA